CUCCCCGCGGUUUAUAUACGGCAGCAUCUCCAGCCGCCGGGACUAGCCAUUAAGAAAAGCAUCAUGAGAGCGAUCUCCGAUGGGAGCCCCCCAAAAGGCCGCCCCCGCCUCCCGCCCCGCUGUUCCCCGCCUGGACAGAAGCCCGCCGGGCCCGAGCCCUCCUGCUAGGCACUCGCGAGCGCUUUGAAGCUGGACCCGGAGCAGCCACUAACCCCAGGCAGCAGAGACUGGCCGGAUCUAGAGGCGAGGAAGGAGACGGAGUUCGGCUCUUUGAAGGAGGGGCCGCGCGAAGAGAACCAACCACAGGCGGCCCAGGAGCGGGCCGGGGGGUGGCGGAGACGCUUCUGCAAAGAGAUCUAAAAAGGAGGAGAGCAGAAGGGAGGCGAGAGAAGGAGCGAAUGUGGAGUGAAGAAGCCGGCGGGGGCACAAAGGACUUUGGAGCAAUGAAGGGGGAGGCGGGAGGGAAGUAAAACCGUGGCUGCUUCGUUUGAAUGGAAAGGAGACUUCUAAGACUCGGGCCCGGGAGAGGAGGAGGGGGACGAGAGCGUGCAGAGUAGCCUGGGAGGCGCUUGGAAGAGCUUUGGUGACUCCUCCCCAGCCCUCCAGGAGCAAAGUCAGCCCCACUGCCUCCUACUCGUAGGGAGACUGCUUCACCCCCUGGACGGGGUGACACCAGCAGAGGCGCAAGCAAAGGCUUUAGCCUCCCUCCCGGCCGGCCGCCUGGAUUCUGCUCUCCCGAUCCUCCCGCAAGUUCCGCGACUGUCCUUUACUCCCCCGCUCCCCGUUUUGGAUCUUUUGGCCCAGAAAGAGAGGGGGAUCCUUCCCCGCAGGAUGCUGGCCGCCCGAGUGCCCCCCAAAGCAGAGGAUCCCAGCUUUAUUGGUGCUUCUGGAAUUUGAGCUGCAACAACUGCUGAAACUAAAGUGACUAUUGACCUACCCUGAAGAACGAGCACAUCUUGGGGAAUGUUACAUAGGCUCCCUCCUGUGUAUGCAGUCCGUGAAUGAAGGCAACGGCGAUGGCCCCUCCUGCAGGCAGUAACGCCUUCCCUGAAAACGGGACUGUGUCCCUUCAUUACAACUAUGUGGGCAAACUGGAAGAGAGGUUAAAGGACAGAGAAAGCAAUGAGCUGACAGACGCCAUUUUUCUCGUCAUCUGCAGCUUCAUUGUCCUGGAGAACUUGAUGGUCCUAAUCGCCAUUUGGAAGAACAACAAAUUCCACAACCGCAUGUACUUCUUCAUCGCUAACCUUGCUCUCUGUGACCUGUUGGCUGGCAUAGCUUACAAAGUCAACAUCCUGAUGUCUGGAAAGAAAACUCUGAGUUUGUCGUUGACAGUCUGGUUCCUGCGGGAAGGCAGCAUGUUUAUCGCACUCAGUGCUUCCACGUGCAGCUUAUUGGCCAUUGCCAUCGAAAGACACCUGACUAUGAUUAAAAUGAGGCCUUAUGACGCCAAUAAGAAGUACCGGGUAUUUCUGCUCAUUGGGAUGUGCUGGCUCAUUUCCUUUUCCCUGGGUGCCUUACCCAUCCUGGGGUGGAAUUGCCUUGACAACCUGCCCGACUGCUCAACAAUUCUGCCCCUCUAUUCCAAGAAGUACAUUGCAUUUUGUAUCAGCAUCUUCAUAACCAUUCUGGUGACCAUUGUGAUUCUCUACGCCCGUAUUUACAUCUUGGUGAAAUCCAGCAGCCGCAAGGUCACCCAGCACAACAACUCGGAAAGGUCCAUGGCGCUGCUCAGAACGGUGGUGAUUGUGGUCAGCAUCUUCAUUGCCUGCUGGGCACCUCUCUUCAUCCUUUUCCUUAUUGAUGUUGCCUGCAAAGUUAAAGAGUGCGCCAUCCUCUUUAAAGCCCCCUGGUUCAUUGCUUUAGCUGUCCUCAACUCUGCCAUGAAUCCUGUCAUCUAUACCCUGGCCAGCAAGGAAAUGCGGAGAGCUUUCUUUCGCCUUGUGUGUAGCUGCCUGCUCAGGAACAAAAUGUCUCCCUCCUCGCCUAGCCAGCCAGCGCCGCAUCAAAGUCGAACUAAAUCAUGCAGCAGCACCAAUGGUAACAACAUGCCCAAACCAAGGGAGAACUUCCCACAAAUCAGUGCCGCCCCAGGCAGCAUCAGAAAGACUGAGCCUCUCUACAACGGGAUUUUGGGCCAGUGAAGACUUUGGAGAGAACAACUUUCAGAGACUUACAGUAAAGGGGAAAACACUAGCUGUUCAUCUAUGUUUCUAUUUAUUGCAUGAAUUCCUUCAGUCUUGUUUCUUUCAAAGUGCUGACUCGGGAAUAUUUGCUUUAUUAAACCCAAAGCCUGCACGUUGUGGGUGUAUGUUAACCAGUAGAUCACACAUUAUGGAUAGUCUAGCCAAGAAGGGUCCGUGCAAGUGUUAGCCAGCAUUGCCCUCCAGGACCUUCUGACUUUUCCAAGCUCAGCGCACAACACAGAGAGCUGUGCUCUGCCACCCUGCAUGGCUUCUUGUUACCUGGGGGCAGCCCCACUGGAUCGCAGUGAGCAGUGCGUUUCUCGGUUUGUCUCCAGCUACUCUCUUAGCAGCAUUGUACAAUGUUUACUACACAGAGUACACCUGCUUGUAUUUGUAUAUUAACAUUAACCGUCAAUUACCUACAGAAGUUUACAGGGCGAUACAUGGAACAUUGUAACUGUUAGGAAACUGUCCAUGAAAGAAUGUUGCCAUUUAAAUAGCACGGAUUACGGUAUAGGAAGAAAUAAUUGUCAAUUUAGCAAACUCCAGGCUAUUAAACUGCCAGAGACUAGAAUUCAUUAAAGAAAGCAGCUGCUUGCUGGGCUUCUCAGGCUCCACACAGAGACUAGGUGGCAUAAGGAGUAGAGCUGUGGACUCCAGUCAAACCUUCCUUCAGAUCCAGUUGUGUGACCCUGAGGAAGUCACCUACUCUCUGUCUGGCCCAGUUUUCCUCAUCUGUAAAAAGGGCGGGGGGGGAAUAAUAGCAUCUACCUGCUAAGGAUCAAAUGAAGUAUUACUUGUAAAGUGCUUGACGGCCUUAUAAUCCAAUGUAAAUGCUGGAUAUUGUAUGGUAUGGUUUUGCCAAGCCUCUGUCUGAUGACGUGUUUAUAGCCUAUAAUGGAUCUGUUUGUCUUAUCUUUGCCUGGACCCCAGCUUGACCCACUUGUCGGAACGCACGCCAAGAAUGUAAUGUGCUUCUGGGAUUGUUUUAGGGUACGAGUCCUCUCUAGGGCAGGCCCGGACAUCCCCACAAGUCCAGAAUGCAGAAGACACACAUCCAAGAGGACAGAGCCAGGGCAAAGCCACAACGUGCAGCUCUCGUGCCUCAUUGCCUGGUCUUCUCAGAAGAGCAGGCAGACAGAGAGCUGCAGAGAACGCAGGGCAACCCCUUACGUGAACCCCACCAAAUGCCAACAGGCCAUCUUGGCAUUAUCUGGAUGUUACUGCUGAGAUGGGCACAAUUUCACGUGCGACUGUGAUCAAAAUGUCAGAAAAACACAAAGAAUGAUCAUCCAGACAGUGUUAAUGGCAGAUUAAAGCUGUGUCGGAGGCCUGCUUUUCACCCAGAGGUGCACAUCAUGGGGGCUCAGCAAGCCUAUAGGAAUCUCUCGGCUUCCUAAAGGAGCAUCUUCAAUGUUUCCAUCAUUUCUCAGUGACUUUGCACGUAAGAAGAAUGUACUCAGCAGCUAUUGAAGUAGCCAAUUAGAUCCGGGGCAGGGGAAGCACAUUGCUCGGCACCUGGGAUUUGGGGGUCCCAGCAUGGAAAUGUUCCUCAUCUUAGAACAAUAAGUCGGGCGCCUUCGAGACCUAACUGGGAGGACUGAGAUUCUAGGCGGCAGUCAAUAAGUGUCCCCGCGGUGUUCUGCAUCAUCAGUUAAGCUCAGACUUUGCUUGCUAUCAAUCCAGCAUUUUAGAUCAAUUCUGCCAUUUGCUCGACAAACUGGGCUUGGUUUUGAAAGUGGGAACUCUGGCUUAUCCCCUUCAUCUUAAAAGCAAACUCUGCAUGAAAAGCACUGCCAUGUAGUCACAGUGUGUGCGCUGUUUGUUAGCAAAAUGUUCUCCAGGGCCAUUGCUUUUUACUUGGAAAAUAACGGGCUGUUUGUAAAGAGGGCUCCGCGGGGCUUUCCACGAGCCUUUUCGAAGCCACCAAACCUAGGGUGGGCUUUUUAAUGACAAAAUGUUCCUAUUAAAUAAAGGCUUUACUGACGGCACGGAAUGUUGUGGGGCAUCUUUCCAGGAUUGUGUGCGUAGCAGAAAAAGAGCCAGAAGGACUAUAAUGCGGGUGAAAGGCUGGUCAAGGCGAGCCAGGGGUGCCUCUUGGGCUGACACACAUGAAACUGAUCUUUUUUCACCAGGUUCAGGAGGAUUCGGGACGUUUUAGGACCUACAGUGUCACCGUACUUAGCGAACAGCAUCCUGGUUUUGCAGACAAGCCAACCAAGCUUGCGUAAAGCGAGCUGCUCGGUGCUCCACAUUUUAACGUAGCGUGCUUUUGUCCUAGCCACAGGAGUUUGGGGAAGUGAACUGCUCUGCCUGACUCUCCAGCAGGUACCGCAGUACGUGAGUAAAAGCAUAUUAGAUGGCUGUUUUCAUUGGCGCCCAAUUGUGACUUGAAAAGUCUACAAGCUGGUCAAGCCUCUUCAUGUCUUUGAAAUAAGCGCAUUCAUUUACAGCCUCCCUUCCCAAGCCUUGAAACCUGUCCUUGGUCCUGAAGAAGCUGGAGACUAAUGGGAGAGAAUGCCUUCAGCAGGCUUCCUGGAUCAUUAUGGUCUUGUUGGCUCAGCAUUGAGGACAGUCACAUCUGGGUUCUCGUCAAAUCGGUUACAUGACGGGCUAACCACUGGGCAUACACACACCAGUACAAAGAGAUAGUUCUUGACUUCUAAUUUGGGGGGAAAGACACAGAAAGGGAGCCGAAAGGCAAAGUAAGGGGAGACGGAGGAGGCAGGGUGGCUGGUAGGAGCCCUUUCUCAAAAUGGAAGCCACAAAAUAGAAGGACUCCGCAGUAGGCAAGAGUGAUCUGAUCAGAGACAUAAGGCUACUUUCCUUCUCAUUUUGGCCCAUUUCUAGCAUUGUACUGAACCUAGAACAAACCACGUCAGUCUUCUUGUCAUGAGAUUUCUUCUGAAUACAGCCCGGAAGAUAAGAGGAUAGUUCAUGAUUGGAUGCUAACUCUAUCACAGAAUUGCAAAAUCCCAAAAUUAGGACAUUAAGAGCCAUCUGGUCUAACCAGUAACUUAAACGGUGAUUUCAAAAAACAAUUCAUGAGGAUAAUAUACUUUGGGUUAGAAGGAGCCCUAGAGGAUGCUGACUUGAAUCUUGUUUUACAAAAGGGGAAACAAAGGUCCAAAGAAAUGCCCAGCUAAAAGUCACACGUGGGUAAUAAGUGGCAGAGCUGGGUUUUGAACCCAUGUUUUGUUUUGUUUUGUUUUUUACUAAAUCUACGUCUUUACUCUGAAGUUUGGUGUUUGCUAUAAUUAUUUCUCAUUGUACCCCGUUAUGCAGUUUUAUAUAUUUGUUUAGUAAAAGAUACACAAUAUAGCAAUCAAAUAAUAGGUCAUAACAGUCAGCAAACACAAAUUUUCUUUCUCUAUUAAUACAGUUUGUAUUUUUAAUGUGUAAAAUAAAUUCAAAAUGUCAGUGUCAAAGCUA